UUAGACAGUAAAUGUCAAGUUGACAGUUGGGUACUAUAUUUUUAAUAAAUAGAGAUGGUCCUUUAUGGUAUUUAUAUUGUUUCUAAAUCUGGUGGGUUAAUUUUCAAUCUCGAAAACAAUAUUCCUAAAAUAGAAUGUGAAAAAACGUUUUCAUAUCCAUUGGACAUUAAAUUGAAGUACAAAAAUAAUGGAAUUGUGGUAGAAUUUGGCCAAAGGGAUGGAAUACACGUUGGUCACAUUUUGUAUGCUAUUAAUGGAAUUCCAGUGACUGGUCGACAGUUGGAUGAUGGUCGAGAUGCUUUUGAAGUCAUUGAAAAUAAAAAUAAUUAUCCCUUAAGCCUUAAAUUUGGUAGAAUUAAAAUGACUACAAAUGACAAAAUUUUCUUAGCCAGUAUGUUUUAUCCUUUGUUUGCAAUAGCCAGUCAGUUAAGUCCAGAACCUAAAUCAUCAGGCAUUGAAGUACUAGAAGCUGAUACAUUCCGUUUACACUGUUAUCAGACCUUGACAGGCGUUAAAAUUAUGAUAGUCGCAGAUCCUCAUCAGGCGGGAAUUGAAAUUUUACUAAGAAAGAUUUAUGAAAUUUAUGCAGAUUAUGCUUUAAAAAAUCCUUUUUAUUCUUUGGAAAUGCCUAUAAGGUGUGAAUUGUUUGAUACGAAUCUAAAGAGCAUUAUAGAACAAUUAGAAAAAUCUGGGAUAGCAAAUAUUUAAAUUUAUAAUAAACUUUAUGUUUUAAUUAAAUAUAUUAUUUAAACAAA